AUGGGAGGAGGUGGUGGUGGCACGUUAACAACUACUUCUAUAUUGACUAUUAAUGGUAAUGAUUCUUCAAGUAAUUUAGGUGUAAGAAGAAUUUCAGGUCAUAUUAAACAUCAAAAAUCAUUUGAAAGUUCAAUGGGUUUAAUUGCUGAAGAAAAUUCUGAUGGAUCACAUCGAACAAUUAUGACAAAAAGAAAUCAUAGUAGUGUGAGUGUAAGUAGAGAAGCAUUUGAUGCAACUUCUACUACAAUACAGCAGCAGCCGCUAAAGCUUCUUGGAAUAAACCUGAUAUUAAUUGAUCAUUUGAGUGCUGAUGAAAGAAAAAGAUUAUCGGAUUCAAUGGAAAAACGUGAAUGGUUAUUUAAACGUCCCGUAUCACCUCUUCUUAGAAUAAAAACUUUAUCAAAAUUACCCAAUUUAUAA